AUUAACAAUCCCGUGAUGCCAGGCGAGUGCUAGCCGUAGCACCGGAAUGACUACAGUGGCUUUCUCGAGUUGGGCUUUAAAAAAAAGAAAUUAUUCAACCAUUAACCGUCAGCUUAACAGUUUAGCUCCGUUGUAAUGCGGUCAGCGGGCUGGAAGGCUGUCGGAGGAUGUAUCCUUCCGCAACGGGAUGAACGCCUGUCGUAGGAGCCUUAACGGGAUGCCGUCCGGUUAGCCUGUCCGGAUCAGAUUUAUGUGCCAUAGUUCAUACGUUGUGGCAAGUUAAUUAAGCCGCAGUCGAGUCUGGAAAACGGGGAGUUAUGGCGCGGUUGGUGUUGGAGCCACUGUCAGAUUUCGGGGACUAUACUGGCGGUAAAGAGCUGGUUGAGCUCAAAAACUGCCUGUCAAACGUGCGCCUGAGCCCAGAUGGACGUCACAUCCACGUUAUCCUCCGCAAGCCUAAGGUGGGUCUUGUGACUUUUGACAAGUAUGAAAGACCCCAGCUGGGCCAGAACCAGAAGAAGCUGGAUCUGUGGCCGACCCGGAGCGUGCCUGUGGUGGAUGUUUUAUACCUGGACCAUAAUAACAACAACAACAACAGCAGCAGCAGCAGCAGCAGAGACGCAGCAGCUGUGGCGGUGGUGUAUGAGGAUGGAAAAGCUGAGUUUUGGAAGUUCCACGAGUGCAAAUCUGGCUGGCAUCUCCUACAAACAUCAGACUUGUGCAACAGCCCCCGAGCGAGAGUGGUGUCCGUCUGUGCCUGCUCCAACCUCAUCAUCUGGUGCGAGGAGAGGCCACCUUCAGAAAGCUCCCCGGCCCUCAGCUCCACGAGGAACAAGCUGAGGUACUGUGUGUGCAGGCGUGACUUCGAGGUGGAGGAGGGGGCCGUGAGCUUGGGUGGCGUGAAAAUCGCCCUCCACAACAACCCCAAGUUCACCGUGGUGAGCUCCGGCGAAUACGUCCAUCUUCUCCCCGACCUGAAGGUGAAGCCUCUGUUGAUCUCCAGUUUUUUCCUCUCCUGGUCCCCGCGCCACGACUCCUUCACGGUCAGCACCACGUGUAUGAACACUCCCCUGAAAAGGCUUUCGGCCAAAGAGUCUGACUUCAAGAGGUUGGUGACGGACUGUUUGGGAUAUCUAUCGACCCUCGAACCGCCGGAGAUCUACGACUUCUCCCCCGCCGCCUGCGGAGGCCUGCUGCUGCUGCUCAGCACCGGCUGGGUGUGUCUCCUGCAGAAGGACGGGAUGCUGCGGCAGGUGUACAAGCUGCCCGACAACUGCCUGACGAAAUUCGGCACUCGCACUAGCCUCUGCGCGUACGAGGACACCCUGGCGCUGCUGGUGGGACAAAACCUGCAUCUGAUCGACGUGAACUGCGGCAGAGAGCUGGAGCACGCCGCGCUGAAGAGAGACGGGUUGUUAUACGUGAACCGGGCUGAAGGUCGCACCCCUCACCUGCUCACGGAAACCGGGCUUUUCGUUUUAGUGAACAAGGAGACGGACUCCGGAGACUCUAAGGUGAAGCCUCCCGGUUCCAGCGCGGUGGAGACUCUUCGCCCAGGAGCCCUCCUGGUAGAGGCGGUCUUCGAGGAAGCCUGUAAAUACUACCAGCAGAGGAGCCUGAGCAGCACCCAGCUCACUGUGGACACGCUGAAGAAAGGAGGUCGGUUCCAGGCUCCCAUCUCUUUAGCCUCCAUCCUCAGGAACUACCUCAGCGCGGGGUCGAGGCCGAAAGGAGCAGAGCCGUCCCAGAACGGGGGAUGUACAGCAGGACAGGAUAAGCUGAUGGGCUCUCUGGAGGCUGAGCUGAAGGCUCUGGUCUCUCUGGAGGAGGUGAAGGGCGGUUUAGUGAGGGCGAGUGUGAAGGAGGUGGAGGCGGUGUGCGAGAGCCUGGUGGAGAAAGAGGUCACGAGACUGCUGUCAACCUCAGAGCCGGUUAAAGAGUCUCUGCUUUACCUGAACUCCAUCUUCAACAUCUUCCCCCGCCAGGCGUGGAGGGCGGCGCAGGCUGCCCUUCAGCUACACUACAACGGGGAGGGGUCUCUCUCCAGCAGGGCUCCUGCGGACAUUUGGAAAACUGUCCUCAGUCCUGCUGUGACAGCCGGCGCCGCAACCCCCCUCCCGUUCACCAAUGGCAGGUCAAAGCACAAUCACAGCCUCAAAGGUGAUCACAUUGCCGUAAACUGUAAAGCCAAACCUACGAGCUCUGCUCCCCCCGCUGCCCCCCUCCCCGUGUUCGAGCUCCUCUGCCACUCAGUUUUCCACUUCCAGCCCAGCUGGUUGCCCAGAUUCCUGGAGCUCGCCCAGCAGCAGCAGGGCUCAGCCGGUCUGGGCUUAAGCCUGGCCUCCUCCUCCUGGGGCUUCUCCGGCGGGCGAGGAGGAGAGGGCGGGGAGAACAACGUCCCGCUCUACAAACGAGCCCUGUGCGUGUUGUCCAGCCUGAGCUUGGACAGAGACCAGCAUCAGGACUUGGAGGUGGAGUUGCUGCUGGUCAGCGGGCGGCCCAACGCCAUCCUCCAGGCGCUGAGGGUCCUCAUGGCCAAGCAGCAGUGGGAGCGGGUGACGCAGGUCGCCCAGAAGUUCUGCAAACAGAGUCCGCUGCUCAACAAGGAGAUCUUCACUACUCUGCUGUGCGAGGUGGCCCAGCACAGAGACCUGGACCCCUACCUGGACCUGCUGUGGGUGCUGUGCCCUGAAGACCUCACUGUCACCACUAUUCUCAACUUGGUGCUGAGAAACCUCCCCUCUCCUAACUCCCCC